AUGUCUGAGCCUACUGCGUUCGGUCUGUCACGCUCCACUGACAGUGCUGGGCAAGCCUGGCAGGAGACAGCACAAAGCAACUCAAAAAAACAGCAUGCGCUAUCUGAAGAAGGAAAUCCUCAAUCAGAGCCCGACGGACCUCUGAAACAAGUAAUAGCUCAUCGGGACAGCCUCUAUAAGUAUAUCAAUUGGGAAGAACCCGGUCGAACACUUGGCGCUUACACUGGCGUAAUGGGUGUCCUGUUUGGGAUCCAUUACCUACCAAUCACCCAAGUAGCACUGAAAGUUGGAAUGUUGACGCUUGGAGUGGUGUCUGUUUUGGAGUUCGUUACUCGUCCUUUCAGCACUCGCCCUUUGUCAGCGCUUCUACGUCCCAAAGAAUUCAAAAGAAUUCCAGAAUCGACCCUUAACGCCACACUGAAAGACAUCCAUGACUUUACUCAGUACAUUGUGGUGGAAUUCCAGAGAGUUGUCUUGGGACAGGAUUUGAAAAGGACAUUUGCCGCCUUCAUUAGCGUCAGCGCUUUGUACUGGCUUGUUCACUUUCUCUCACCUUUUUGGUUGACCUUCAUGGGGUUAAACUCAAUAUUUAUCGCCCCACUUUUAGCUUCGCCUGAAGGUCGCAGGGUAGCCAGUGAUGCAAGUCUGCGUGCUCAAGAGCUGGUAAACGCAACUGCAGAUAGAGGUAAAGAAGUUGCACAAAAUAGCCAAGCAAAGAUUUCCGAUUUAGCCAGCUUUACCACUACCAAGGGGAAUGAGCUUGCUCAUGAUGCUUCGACUAAAACCGCUGAAUGGUCAUCCAAGGCACAACAAACUGUGUACGACAGUGAAACUGCGAUCAAAAAUGUGUCUAAGAGAGGCAUGGAAACCGCUUCUGACUUGUCAGCUCGAGCGAAAAGUACAGCGAUACGUGCCCCAGCAUCAGCUAAAGAGAAUGUUGGCAAAAUAUCGCAAACUGGAAUGAAUGCGGCAAAGAAAGCACCAGAAAGUGUCAACUCAGCUUUGGGCAAUACAAAACAGUACAUCAGCAACUUGUCAGCCAACCAAAAUAUUAAGAACUUCAGAGAAAAAGCACUUGCAGAUCAAUCGAACCCCCUAGGGGAAAAAACAGCCCAAAGUGAUGGGCACAGCAUCAAAACACCGAGCUUUGCAAACUCAGCUGCUGCUGCGGAUGAAAAGAAUGAUUGGAAUUCCUCGAUGGAAGCAAAACCAGUUAGAACAACCAAAGAUUCUAAUGAGGGGCUUUCGUCUGGUACAGACACGGAUCCGGAGUAUGCAGCAGUCGCACGCCAUGCGGCUACGACACGCGAUGCUCAGGAUCGACCGCCAGUUCCUGUAAAGGCAGUAGUUGAUACAGCCUGA